AUGGAGCCGACAAUUCUUGUGGUGCUUUUCGCGGGGCUCACAAUAUUUAGCAAUUGGUUCUCUGUCCCCUUGACAACUCUCAACCCACAGAGACCAGUGGCCGAGCGACUGGUGGGCUCGUUCCAGCUCACCGCCGCUGCACAGGGUGUUUCGGCCCUCUACUGUCGCUUUAAUCAGCCCGUGAAUGACUUCUCGAGCUUGUUGAAUCAAACAUUGCCGUCUACUGACCCGGUUCUUGGGGAAACCCUCGUUUCACGCGUGUUAGAGACGGCAACAGAUGAUUCAAUCCCGUCAGCGACCGUGACGACUGCAAUAAUCCCGACACCGACUGUCCCCUUUGGAGGUGCCGAACACAUUGUGUUCGACAACUUCUUGGUUGAGGACAGUUCAGAAUACCCGGAAUGGUUCGUUGCCAGACUAGGUUUACUCGUCGGGGACCACAUGCGUCGACACCCGAAUAUCUACACCGUCGCCGCCAGUUUGGUGCUUGUUCAAUCCAUGGUGAUGAUGUGGUUCGCCCGUCAGAUCCAAAGACUCACUCGUGAAUUGCACGGAGUGUCCAGUCAGCCUCUGGAGGGAGCUGGCUUUGAACAUGUUCAAGCCCAAUUGGCAGCAGAACAAAGUCGUGUCAAUUCAUUCAUCGCCAAAUUCGAGGGAUUCGUCGACAACUUCCAAUCUCUCGAACGCCGAUUCAACGACUUAUCUGCGACGGUCAGUGCUUGGCCACAGCAAAUCCCUGAGCUAGUAGGAGACGGCCUUGUCCAGAUCCGAACGCAGGUCGACCAGUUCGAUGCUCGAUUCGAACAGCUACAACGACAAGUUACCGACUUCGCUACCGAAAAGGCAACCAACGCCAAAGACAGCGGUUUUCUGCAGUCCCUUCAGGACCAGGUCCAAGGACUGGUCGCUCAAUGGGAGGCAAAACCGUGGGAGUUGCCACAAAGCGAACUUGCUGUUCGACUACAGGGCUUCAACGAACGGUUGGAGCAGCUGCCACCUUCAAGCCCAAGUGUUGACUCGAAAGAGUUGACAACCCGGAUCACGCGCCUGCAGAAAGACCUCGAUCAGUGGAAGGAGUCCGUAGUGAUGAAUUCCGAAGUCGCCAGUGUCGAGGCAAGUCUCAGGCUGAUUCAGAAGAAGGUGGACAGCCAGCCAUGGACCGAAUCCUUCACCAGGGUCGAAGACGAGAUCGCCACACUCAGCCACGAGCUGUCUUCUGUCAAGAAAACAUCAACAACCUUGGAGACAGAACAGAAGAACCUGGCCGCUGACGUUAAACUUGUUGGCCAGUUUGUUAACCAGUUGAAAGCGGAACAACCCUGGCAACGGGGUAGUUCCCUCACUGAUGUUCAACUGGCCGCAGUUAAUGAAAUCGCGGCGCUCAAGGAAACUCUGGCAACGAAGCAGGAAACCAAGGCCCUUUCAGAUGCCAUUCGCCGAACGGAUGGCUCCUUGGAGACCUGGAUCUCGAAGACCUGGCCAGCAGAUCUUCUCAAGUUGGAAAAGUCCUCGAAAGAGCUGGAGCGAUCAUUCAAUGGGGAGUUAGACUCCAUUCGAAGCCAUUGCGCCACACACGAGGAUGUCAAGUAUGCCUGCAAGCAACUCAACACGCAGGUAUCCAACGAUUUGAAGACCCGGGACAAGAGCAUCGAUUCUCUAAAGAGCGAUGUAAACGGGUUAUCUGCUAAGGUGAAGGAUUUAGAAGCUCGGCCGGUUGGUGGCAGCGUUCAGGGAGCUGUCACCAUUGAAGAGCUGAAAAAGGUCAAAGACAUGGCAAGGGAAGCUGACAACUCGGCAAUAAGCUCAGCACUCGCGGUUCAAGAUUUACGAGAACGCGCGUUGCAAGCCGGACGGGACAUCACCGGGAUCAACUCAAUCCUCCGGAUCCACGAGUUCGACAUUGCCAGUUGUGUCACCAAGCUGGGAAUUGAGCGCAAGAAAGUCACUUUCGGUGCCGCGCCAUCGGGGCAAGCACCGCCGUCUCAAGUUCCAGCCAAGAAUGAUGCGAAGCCGGGCAAACCUACAACUUCACCUCCAGGUUCCAAGGAGGAGAAGCCACCGGUUUCACAAAGUUCAGUGACAGAGGGCGCUGACUCGAAGAGCGAAUCCAAGUCGGACAAGAAAGACGAACCGCCAGCGACUGGAUCCUCUGAGAAGUCUGCCGUGCCCCAGGGGGAAACAGAGUCAAAACCCAAGUCUCCCGAGACUUCAACCUCUGUUGAACCCAAGCUUCCUGGGCUCGAAGCCAGCAGAUGGGCUUCUGCUGGCCCGACCGAACCAAAGCCCGCCGGACUUGAGGCAAGUAGGUGGGCGACCGCGACGCCUGAACCGAAACCUCCCGGGUUGGAGUCCCAGCCGUUGGGCAGCUCCAGAUCCUCCAAGUUCCGGUGGAGACGGCCAAAAGAAAGGCGGUUCAAAGAAGGGCAAGAAAAAAUAAGUGCCCCUGAAUGA